GGUUUAUAUAAACAUUUACAUUUAUAUAAUAAAAUAAUCUGUUAGGCUUUAAAAUAUUUUUUGAAUGACUUAAGGUGUAACAUUUUUAACUAGUUAUACUUUUAUAAAAUCAUUAAGCUAGUUUAUUUCCUAAAAGAAGUCUGGUAUGACUUGACUGGACGUAGUCUGUGUAUAAACUAUUAUUUACAUAGGCAUUACCACUGCACCCUCGUAUAAGUAAUAAUAAGAGUCUACCACUAGCCAUGUGCAUUUCUAUAAUAAUCAAAUCUUCUGUUGACACAAAAUAAUAAGUAUUUUCUAGCUAUGAAAAAUUAACUCUAGUAGGGAUUCGAUUAAGCUUCUAAGUUAGUCCUGUUCAGUUAAAUUAAUUGGGGUUUCAUAAUUUGCUGUACUAAGUUCCUAUAUUUAAUAUAAUACAUAAUUUGCUGUUAAAAAAAAUUAAACCUCAACGUUAGUUUUUAGAAAGGCUCACACAUUAUUAACUUUUAGCUUUCAAUUCAUGGUAUGUAUGGAUAAUUUGCUAUGUGAUGAGGUGUGGCUUUCAAAGUCUGCAAAUACUUUUGAAGAAGUUAUUAGUGACCCUGUUGCACUAAAGAGUUAUGAAAAUGAAGAGUUUGAAGAGGUUUUUGCAGUGUGUCUAGAGAAGGAGGUCUUGUGCUUGCCCGAACCUGACUAUACAAAGUACUUACACUACAACAAUUUCAUUUUUCCUAGCUGUAGAGUUAUUCAAUGGUUUAUCAAGUGUAGAAGCCACUUUAAUCUUUCUUUUGGGAUAGUUUUCUUGACUAUUAAUUAUCUUCAUCGCUUUGUAUCCAUUUGUCAAUGCAAUGAUUGGGAAUACUGGAUGCUUGAAUUGCUUUCUAUUGCAUGCUUAUCAAUUGCCAUAAAGUUGAAUGAGAUAUCAGGACUUUCGUUGCAUGAAAUUCAGGUGACUAAUUGUCAUUACAUCCAUCAUUCCUUGUUCAUAUGAUAUAUUAAUUGUAUGGCUAGUGGAUCACCGUUAAUAGCUUUGUGGCAUCACGUGAGGUAAUUGAUCUUUACAAUCUCAUUUUCAAAUUAUUUUAUUAUGUAAAAGUAAUUGAUCUUUACAAUCUCAAUUGCAUCCUUAUCAAGUUAAGGAAUGAUGAGAUGGUCAAGACCUCUUAGUUUGUUUGCAGCUAAUGGAUAUUGCACUGAACAUGAAUUUGUUUCAUGACUUAGUCAUGUCUGUUCUCAUUUUAUUAACAACUAGUGGAGUGCCCGUGUGAUGCACGGGUCGGUAUUUUACUGUAAGUGAAAUAAAUACUAUUUGUCAGGGUGCUGUUUGUAUCAUUAGACUGUAAGUGAAAAAAUAAUAUUUGUCAGGGUGUUGUUUGUA